AUAAAGUUUGUUAUACAAGAACAUCACUUAAUAAAGAUUUUUAAGAAAUAAUAAUUAUUUAUAAUUUUAAAUCAAUAAAUAAAGUUGCAUAAAUCCAAUAUUUUUCAUCUGUGCAGCGUAAGAACCCAAACACCAAUCACAGUGAGUGACGUCAUACCUCAGAAGUGAUAAGUAAACAACGCCGCUUUGUAUGUUAUUUCGAGUUAUUCUGCGAUUUAUUUGCAUUUUUCUAAAAAUAUUUAAUUGAAAUUAAUUACGAAUUGAAGGACUAUAGUCACAACAGAAGUUGUCGCAAGUGCUUGAAGCCGCCUAUCAAUCUUUUAUCAUGGAACAAGGUUAUACAAAAGCCGACAAUAGAAAUCUCCCAAAAGUUGAUAUUUUCAUGGUCGGCAGUUUCUUUGCCACUAAUUCUGACUUUUGUUCUGCUGAAUUUAGAAAUGUGAAAACACUUGUAUCUGCGAGACAAUCUUACGGAGAUGAUGCCAUAGGAUACGUACAACUUCAUCGUGAAGCGGAUAUGUGUACUAUCAAAUGCAAGGUGUGUCCAGAGCAUAAAGUUCGGUCAAAAUCUUAUGCCGCGACUAUGGUAGUUAACGAAAAAGAAGCAAAAAUCAUCAGCGUUCAGUGCCAUGACUGUGCUGCUUCAACAGGUGGAUGCAAACAUGCUGUGGCUUUCCUGUUGUGGGUGCACAGGCGAAGUGAGGAGCCAUCCUGUACUGAAAUACAGUGCUACUGGAAGAAAUCAAAGUUGGCUCAAGUUGGUACUAGUGUAAAGUAUAUUACUGUGAAAGAUUUAUCAGCUGGAAAAAGACCCCGUCUUGCACAAAAAAUUCCACCUCAUAAUAAUAUGCUGACACAAUUUCUUCGAGCAGCAGCAAAUCGAAAUGUUACUAACUGUGAAUUACUGAAAUAUACUAGUUCCAGCAGUAUUAAAGAGCAUGAGAAAUUAUCACUUCAUUAUCUCAUUAUAGAGCAUUGCAACAAUAGUGAUUGUGAUGUAUUUUUAGAUACUAUAGCAAAGUAUUUCACUGAAACAAACAUUCAAAUGAUUGAAGAGAAUACUCGAUCACAAUACAAAAACAAAUUGUGGCACGAAUUGAGAUAUGGGCGAGUUACAGCUUCAAAAGCGUAUGAAGUAAUCAAAUGUCACACUGUGGGUGGAUCUUUGACUGCUAUGAUUAUGGGAGCCAAAACACCUGAUACAAAAGCCAUGAGGAGAGGUCGACACUUAGAAAGCCAAGUAAAAAUGAUUGUGGAAAAAACAUUAGGGAAAAAGGUGAAGGAGUGUGGGUUAUUUAUUUCAUCAAAAUACCCUUUCAUUGCUGGUUCUCCUGAUGGUAUUUUUGAUAAAAAAUUUUGUAUUGAAAUUAAGUGCCCAACUAAUGAAAAAUCAUACCAAAAUUAUAUAAAAGAUAAUAAGGUUACAGAAAAAUGUAUGGCACAAAUUCAAAUCCAAAUGUUUGUGACAAAUUUGAGAUAUUGUUACUUUUGUGUUGCAGAUUCAAACUUUGAAAAAUCUAAUAAUGUGGAAAUGUUGCUAGUCAACUAUGAUGAAAACUUAGUUAAACUGUAUAUCUCUUGUAUAAGUGAAUUUUGGAAAAAAGAAAUAUUCCCUAUUUUGUAUGAA